AUGACACAGCCUGUGAAGCUGUUGGAGAAGAAGAAGAAGAAGAAGAAAAAGAAGAAGAAGAAGAAGAAGAAGAAGAAGAAGAAGAAGAAGAAGAAGAAGAAGAAGAAAAAGAAGAACUUGAACUUUCGCUCUCCGUUCCUCACUCGGAUAAACGUCUCAUUUCUCUCACAUUCCCAUUUUUUCGCAAAUUUCACCGUGCAUUACUUCAAAGAAUUUCGCAACUCGUUCGCAAUGUCAAAAGUGAGGCGUAGCGACUAUGUACACGUACAAAGCUUCUCUUUAGAAUCUGCUGGACCUGCGACCGUCUCCUCCAGUGGUUCCGGCGCGCGGCUCGGCCACGUUCUCGCUGAAAAACCUGGCGGAGAAGCGGCAAGCGGUGAGCGUGAACCUCUCGUCGGUGCGAAUGAAAAUCGAGGAGGCGCAGUACGGAUGUUGCGGAGACACGCAACUGUUCCGCGUCAUCGAUCCGAACGAGACGGUGCAGUUCACGGUGACGGAUCAGCAGCGGAAACAGCUACGUCAACUGCGCGGACCGCAUCCCGAAGGCCAUCUUCGCAUCGAUCAUUGCGAGACCGAACAGGAGAAGCACUUCGCCGGCGGACUCGUUUUGGAUUGUCCGCAUCACUUUGAGUGUGCCGGCUGCUCGGAAGUGUGCCAUGGACACGCCGAGUUGGAGGACGGCUGCGGCGCCAAGGAGUACGGAAAGAUUGAGUUCAACGUGACGCUCGUCGGCGACGAAAUCCACGAAAAACGAUUCAUGUGCACUAUUCUUUGA